UUGUUGAUUUUGUGGUUCAUAUUUUACCCACACUUGGCGCUGAAGUGUCAAAUUUCGAGUUUCUUUAUAUAAAAUAAUAAAUGACAGAACUAUUUUUUAUCAUUGUGAACUCGAUUAAAAUUUUUGUAAAUCAUGUAAAAUAAUUGUGGUUAUUUCUAUUUUUUUUAAAAGGAAAGUUGUUAGUUUAUUAAUUACAUACGUAUUCGCAUUCAUUUAUAAUCUGUCAUCAUGGUUGCAAUGUUAUAUUAUAUUAAGUUUACAGUAGUAUGUUGCAUUAUGUUAUUGUUUACAAUAAGUAUAUUUGUCACUUUUACGAAUAUAAAAAUUAUUGUUAAUAAUUCGCCCACGCCAAUUGUUAUCUGGCAUGGUAUGGGUGAUAGUUGUUAUGCUCCUGGUAUCAAUUCUAUUAAACAAUUAUUAGAAGACAAAAUAUCUGGAGUUUAUGUCAAAUGCAUACAUAAAGGAAAUAAUAUAUUUGUGGAUAUAGAAAAAAGUUAUUUGGGAAAUAUUAAUAAUGAUGUAGAGGUAGUAUGCAAAGAAAUAGAAAUGGAUGUAAACUUGCAGAAUGGUUACAAUGCAAUUGGUUUAUCCCAGGGUGCACAAUUUUUACGUGCUGUAGCUGAAAGAUGUACAACUCCACUAAUGUUAAAUCUAAUAUCUUUUGGUGGUCAACAUCAAGGUGUUUUUGGAUUACCACAUUGUAUUGCUAUAAAUAACGAAAUGUGCAAUUUUUUUAGACAGCUACUUAGUUCAGCAGCAUAUACUAAUUUUGUCCAAGAAAGUAUAAUCCAAGCAGGGUAUUGGCAUGAUUCUACAAAAACAGACGAGUAUAAAAAUAAAAGUCGUUUUCUAGCAGAUAUUAAUAAUGAAUUAAAUAUAAAUGAGACAUAUAAAAGUAAUCUUAAAAAAUUAAAAUCUUUAGUUCUGGUAAUGUUUGAAAAUGAUACUAUUGUACAGCCUAAAGAAACAGGAUGGUUUGGAUUUUAUAAAUCUGGCCAAAGCGUAGAAUUGGAAAGCUUACAGGAAUCUAGUUUAUACAAAGAGGAUCGUCUGGGAUUGCAAGAAAUGGAUAAAUUAGGCAAAAUACAUUUUAUUUCUCUUGAAGGCGAUCAUUUACAAUUUACAGAAGAAUGGUUCGUGAAAGACAUUGUGGACAAGUUUCUUAAAUAAGAAUAAUUAAUAGAAUUGUAAUAAUAAUUUUUAUAUACAUGAAAUUUUAUUGGAUGAUAUUAUGAUGUGAUAUUUAUAUAUAUACAAUAAUGCAAUAAUUGUUAUUGUUAUUAAAAAUUGUAACAAACUUGUAAAUAUAAAAUUAUUUUAAUCACUUU